AUGUUGUCAAGAGGGACCAGAGCUAGCAAGCAAAUCAGUAGACAGUUCAAGAGAUUUAACUCUCAUGAACACGGCCACCAUGAUGUUCCUGAAAAGACCGUGGAAAUUAAUAUUACCAAGAUAUUUGGUAUUGCUGCUCUUUUGGGAGGUCUUUUGGUGUGGAAGAAUAACGAUCCCUUUGCUGCACCAUUAGUACAAACAAAAUUAUAUGACGAAGAAGAUAACAGAGAAGAAAAAAGAGUGGCCAACUAUAAUAAGAGAUACAAGGAAUCAUUAGUAAAGCAAUUCAUUAGAGAUAAUGGUGGAUUGGGUCAACGGAUUUACAGAAGAAUUGGUUUGGGCCCAGUACCUCAAACUGUUAUCCCUGCCCAUUCUCCAUAUGGUACUCAAUAUGGUGCUGGUAUUGAUACCGCAGUGUUGGGACCUAGAAAGGAAAGAAUCCCUGUUUACGCUCCUAUUCAAUAG